ACUAAGUAAAGAAACUACUAGUGUUUUAUUGUUCCGAGUUGAAAUGGGAAAGAGAAGGACAUUGUUGUUGCUAGUGUUGAUACUUUUCUCGACACUAUUGGCCUCGGUCGAUGGAAGGAGGGAAAGAGAAGACGAAGAAAGUGAGCGAAAGACUCAAGGAGAAAAAUGGUUUUUGUUACGUCACUUACAUGAUGUUGUGAAAACUGAUGCUGGGACUUUGAGAUUGGUGAAAGGUGGCUAUAGAAGGGGUUCAUUUCUUCAUAGUCCAAUGCAUAUUGGUUUCGUCUCAAUGGAACCCAAUAGUCUCUUCAUCCCUCAAUACCUUGAUUCUAAUCUUGUCCUCUUUGUUCACCAUGGGGAAGCAAGAGUUGGACACAUCUAUAAGGAUGAACUAGCAGAAAGGAAAUUGAAGCGUGGAGAUGUGUACACAAUUCCUGCAGGAUCAGCUUUCUAUUUGGAGAAUAUAGUUGAAAACCAGAGACUUCACAUUAUUUGUAGUAUUGAUAUUACCUCAGAAUCCAUGGGAUGGAAUGCUUACCAGCCUUUCUUCAUUGGCGGUGGAAUUUAUCCUGCAUCCAUUCUUGCUGGAUUCGAUCAUACCACAUUAUCAACUGCUCUUAAUGUCUCAAUAACAGAAUUAAGCACGUUCUUGACCAGACAAACUUCCGGGCCAAUAGUGCAUCUAUCUGGUUCUCAAAACACCAGCAUUUGGUCCAGUUUUUUGGCCCAAGAACACCGCCAAAGACUAGCUCAUUUGAAAAGGAUUGUGAAUUUUGAGGAAGAAGCUAGCCCCAAAGAGGAGGAACCAAUAACAUGGUCAUUGAGGAAAUUCCUGUUUACUUUGUUAAACAGAGAAGAUGUUAUCGAGAGAGUGAAUCAUAAAGCUCCAUCAACAUACAAUCUCUACAACAAGAAGCCUAAUUUCAAGAACGACUACGGAUGGAGCAAGAAGGUGGAUGAGUCUGAUUAUUCUCCUCUAAAACAAUCCGGCAAUGGCGUUUAUCUUGUCAAUCUAUCUCCGGGAUCCAUGGUGGCACCUCAUGUUAAUCCAACAGCAAUAGAGUAUGGAAUAGUAUUGAAGGGAACUGGCAGGAUCCAAAUUGUGUAUCCAAAUGGAACUUUAGCCAUGAACGCUAGAGUACGAGAAGGAGACAUCUUUUGGGUGCCACGCUACUUCCCUUUCUGCCAAAUUGCUUCGACCAAUGGCCCAUUUGAGUUCUUCGGCUUCACUACAUCAGCAAGAAGGAACCAUCAACAGUUCUUGGUAGGUAAGAACUCAUUGAUGCAAAGCUUAAGAGGGCCAGAAUUUGCAGCUGCAUUUGGAAUUGGUGAGAAAAGGCUUAAGAGGAUUGCCAAUGCGCAACGUGAACAAGUCAUCUUGCCUUCAUCUUCUGCUACUCAUCAGGAAAAGUUUGACAGGAUGACCAGGGAUUUUGAUUAGUUUAGUGGAAAUUCU